GUCAGCUUUACAAACCGCCUGGCGUCUGGGCGUUUAGCCAGACCACCGGCACUUCCCCCAGGCCUCUGCUGCGCUGGGUGCUGUGCAGACACUCGGAUGGAUCCGGGUGCAGAUGCAGCCCACUUCACCGGCUGCUGCCCGGGAGCAAACACCACUGGUUUUCCCAGGCCAUGUCUCCUGCCCAGCUCGCCAUCCAGGAGCGGGAGAGUGGAAGAAUUCGGGGGGGCAGAUCAAAGGGGUUGCAUGAACAUGGACUCGUCCAGCCUACUAAGUUCUUGGCCUCCGUGAUUUCUUGUGACAGUUUGGCCUCUGCAGACGCGCUGAUCCUACACGUCGCGAUGGCUCCCAGGCUCGCAGGGCAUCUCUGGAGGACGGCGGGACGUGGUUGCCUUCUCCUCCUGCUGAUUUCCAGGGCUGUUACCUCCACCCGAUGCCAACCUGAGCCAUCAGGCGCUGGCGAUUGUCCUCACACUGGCUGUUCUGUGUCCAGCGGGGGCUCCUUGCGUGUCCCACUUCACCUGCCCGCCACCCUGGACCUUUACAAGACGCACAAUUCCACGCUGACAUGGGACCACGUCUACACCUUCAUCAAUGGGACGGCACACCAGCUGCUGCGUUCCUUCCAAGGGCGGGUCUCCGUGUCCGGGGGCGACUUCACGAUGCAGGACGUGCGCCGCGGGGACGGGGGAGUCUACAUGUUCCAAGAUCUGGAUGCGACGUGCCUGGCCUGGCUCCAUCUGACGGUGCUGGAGCCCGUGGACCGGAGAUGGUACCUGCUGCUUCUCAUUCCAGUUUCGCUGGUUCUAGCCCUUGUGGUCUGGAAGCUGAAGGACUCGUGUCGGCGAGCAUAGCCGUGGGCGACCAAGGAGAUGGAGACAGAAGACUGU